AUGAGUCGAGCAAGCAAGAUUACACUGGCUUUAUCGUGCGUGGCCACUACUGCCACAGUCAUUGGCGUGCACUACGUGCAAGAGCUGGAACGAGACACUUUACACCAGGGUCCCAUCAAGGAUGCCAAGCGGCAGGCGGAGAAAAAAGCCAGUUUGGAUGCUGUAAAGGAGAAGAAGAAGCUUUUCAACCAGAGUGAAUACGAACAGCAGAUAGAACUUCGCAAGAAAUAUGAGGCCAUGCAACCGCUGUCAGGAGAAGUUUUGACAAAAGAUGGCGAGAGGGUUAAAUAA